AUGAACGGCCCAUUUGGUGGAAAGGACGGCGGCGGCUACGAUGAACAGCAUGGAAAACAUAAAGUCAAGAUUAUUGAUGCCUGGGGAACGAAGUUUAAGACAUACGAUGUUCUGAACGGAUUUCAGUUCAUCUGGGAUGACGGCCAUCGGAGCAACCUUAUCGGUCAUAGGAACGAUAGCAAUUAUAAAGGAGUCGAGUUUAACGAUGGUGAAAAGAUAACCGACAUGACUGUCCAUGCUGGAAAUGGUGAAGGCUAUGUCAACGGCUUCGAAUUCAAUACAAACCAAAACCGCCACUAUUCGAUUGGUGGAAAGGAGGGCAAAGCUUUCCCUCUUAAAAACCUUGGGACUGGUUAUUUGACUGGAGCGACAGGCGGAUAUCCUAAUCACGGCUGUGGAGACGUCGUGGAUAGUAUGGACAUCUACUUCUUGACCUAA